AUGAGCAAUGCUGGCCGUGGCCAGCUGACCGCAGGCAUGUCUCGCGCUGCCUUUGCGCUCCAGAACGGCCAGGAGCAGAGUGCACAGCGUCGGAGUCUGUUUUCGAUGACCACGGUGAGCGAGUACGAGCUGCUGGAUAGCGGCAGGAUUCGGACUGGGUUCGACCCAAUGCGGCUGUCGCUGGAUCCGCCGGUGGGUGAUGAUGUCAGCAAUGAGUCGAAGGACCAGCCAGGGCAGGAUGUGCCAUCGCUAGAGCUCUUGGCCGAGAUGAUCAAGGAGGAGAUUCGGCAGGCAUCGGGGCUGAAGCAGGCGCUGGACAAGGUCGGGAUUGAGCUGGGUGGAAUGGAGGAGCGGGUAUUGAAUCUGCCAACACCGGAUAAACGUGCAAAACGUGCAAAGAAGCAGGUGCGGUUUACUGUCCCAGACGACGUGCGGUUUCGCUGGCUCGGGAUCUUCCAGGCACCCGAAGCAGCGCAGGACCCAGAUGAGCAGCAGGAAGUACUGGCGGGGGAAACUACGCCGAGCAACGAGGCAGCAGAUGCGAAUUCCGAAACCAGCGCACCCGAAGCACGGGGCGAUCUGCAGGUGCAGCAAGUGCAGGACGAGGCACCGCCAACAGCCGACUCUCCCCACCGGAUCAGGCGGGUUUCUGCCAUGGCAGCAGCUACAGUGAGGGAGGCGGGGCGACAGGAGACUAGCAAGGAGGAAACCAUGCAGGGAACUGGGCAGUACCCGUUGGCGUCAAAUUCGUCAAUCGAGGCAGUGUACGGGGGGUCGCGGCCUGAUACGCGCGAAGCAGUGGUAGCGGCAGAGGAGCCAUCGCACAAGGAUACUGCUGCUCUUGACAGUAGCAAGUUUGCGACGAUUUCAGGGCGGACUAGCCGCAAGAUAAGCGCACAUCUGUUUGGCGAGCAGGCGGCAGCGGACGAAUCACUGGCCGGGCAGCAGACUGCUGAAUCCAGAGUGCACAUCCCUAAACGGUACUCGGUAUCGCCUGCCCACAAGAGCACAGACAACGGGGCCCAGUUCCCCGUGCAGGCACCAGAGCCCACGGCCCCUGAGCUGCCAAUAUCGAUCCGGCGCAGAUCAAUUGACGGACCGCUGCGGGACGAGCCGGAAGAAACACGGCAGCGGCGGCGAGCCGAGACAGAGCCGCACAAUGAGCACGCGGGGAUUUUGCGGCGGGUGACAGUCUCGGCGUCGCACCGGCGGGAGCAGCUGACAGACGGACUGCGCGAGGGCACCAAGGGGUUCCUUCGGACGCAUCUGCGGUCGGCGUCGCAGCGGGACGAAGGCCAGCGGAUGGACUCGGGGGUGCGGCAGGACUCGCCGCCCAUGCCCAUGUACAGGCACUCGCGCAGGAGCGACACACGGUCGCUGGAGUCGCGGCCGUCGAGCGACCAGGAGAGUAGCGCUCCAUCGUCACUGGGCGAACGGAGCCGCAGCAAUGCAUCACGUGGGUCGUCGGCGUCGUCGCAGGUGCCGCCGGUGCCGCGCCAUGUGCUGGCCAGGAUCGGUAGGCGCGGCACCGAGAGUGACGGCGAGUCGCCGCCGAUGCCGCGCCUGCCCGAGCCGCCAAUGCAUGGCCCAUAUGACGAGGCGGUCGAGUAUGGGCGGCGGCGGUCGCGCAAGAGCCGGCGCGCGUCGCUGAUGGUCACAAUCAACCACAUGCUUGGGAAAAGCAAGUGA